UUACUUCAUCAAAGGGUCAAAUAUUUGAUGUAUAUUAUCGGCAGCCAAUAUUGUUUACUGUUGUUCACAGAUCGUCAAUUUUUCAGCGUUUUCUAACAGAAAGAGAUGUCAUCUGGUGAAGAACCCGAACAAGAUAUUCAACCGGGGACUGUAUUGGAAGUAAGAAUAACAAGAAACCCUGGAGAGGGGUUUGGUCUAAAUAUAGUUGGCGGUAUAGAUUCAAGGGAAAUUGGAAAUAAUACCAGUAUCUUCAUAUCCUCAAUAAACACAUAUGGUCCUGCCGCAUCUUGUGGACAGUUGGACGUUGGCGAUCGAUUGCUACAGAUAAAUGAAUUUAGUUUAAUAGGAGUGACCCAUUCAGAUGCUGUAGAUGCAUUCAGAAAUGCUGGAACAACUAUCAUACUAAGAAUAGAAAAAUUUGCUCAGCAAUUACUAGUGGCUAAACUUUCAACAGAUAAUGUACAGUGUAGCGCAACGUUUGGAGAAAGAAUGAGAAACUUUAUGAAUUCUUGGGCUGGAGCAGUUUUCAUUGGAACAACAGCUGGGGCCCUUGUCAUGUAUACAGUAUCUAAAUAUUGGAAAUUUAAUUUGAAAUAAACUUAGUACCAACAGACUACAUCUAUACAUAUAUAAUCUUUUAUCAACUCAUAAUAUAUUAACAUAAUAUAUUUUGUAUAUAAUGCAUCAACUUGAUUAUUUUAAUAUCACAUGUAUUUUCUUAAAAAUUAGUUUAGGCUUCAUUUGGCUAAGGGAAUAAUAAACAAUGUGAAACGAAACUGAAAAUAUUCUCCGAUUUGAUGUAUGAAAUAUU